AUGCAAUUAUCGCCGGUGUUUGUGGCUCUCGUGGCCUCUGCUAACUGCUUAACCCUUCCGUUCAGAUGGAACUCAGACUUUGUGCAAAUCCCCAUGCUCUCUCUGUCAUGGUUGUCUGUGUCUGAAGAGAAAGAUGGCUACAUGAACAACCCUCAGUUUGAGCUGUGGGUAGAUAUCCAGGCCAACCGCAGUUUUGCAUACAUUUUAGAAAACAUUGGAGGCGCCUCCAACUCCCUUGAUCCCAAGGAGGUGGCGUAUGGUGUUGUCAUUGCGUCUCCACUGAAGAAGAGUCCAAAUUACUUUUACAAUUGGAUCAGGGACUCUGCCUUGACCAUACGGUCCCUCAUUUACCACUUAGAUGACAACAUGGCCGAGGAUUUCUCUGACACCUUCUUGAGAAAUGUUGUCGAACGCUACAUCGAAGUCAACUACCACCUCCAGAGACUUCCAAACAAGUCAGGCAAAUUUAACGACAAGACUCGCUCGGGUUUGGGUGAACCCAAGUUUAUGCCUGAUGGCACAACCUUCGACGACAAUUGGGGCCGCCCGCAGAGUGAUGGUCCAGGUUUGCGUGUGCUGACCAUCACCAACUAUUUGAACUUCUUGAAUAAGCACGGUCUCUCCAUUUCCAAUACAUUCUUGGGCAAUGCCUCGUUUGUGUAUCAUGAGAUUGUCAAACCUGACUUGGAGUAUGUGAUGUACAACUGGAACUCUGAUGCUUUCGACUUAUGGGAGGAAAUCAACGCUUCCCACUUUUUUAACGCAUUGACGCAGUUGCGAGCACUUGGCGAUGGCCAUAAGCUUGCUUCAAGAUUGGGUGAAAGUCCAGACUUUUUGCAACAAUUGCAAAAGCAAUACGAAGACUUGAAGGCUUACAUUAACGAUCCAGCCACGGGGUUCACUCGUCCCACGUUGCCUUACGUAGUGGAGACCCCAGCGUUGGUAAGAGAUAGAAAGAGAGGUGGCUUGGAUGCUGCUACUUUGUUGGCUGCUCUCCAUGCUCACAAUUUGGAGUACGGUAACACUGACGACAUUCCUUUCGAUGUUGACGACUCCCGUAUUCUCAACACUAUCAGUGCCAUGGUGGCUGAUAUGAAGUACAGAUACCCUAUCAACCACGACAAGAUUAGAUUGCGUCAAAACAUUGGUGUGGGUUUGGGUAGAUACCCCGAGGACGUAUACGAUGGCUACGGAACCUCUGAGGGUAACCCAUGGUUCAUUUCGACUGCAUCUGCUGCCGAGGUGGUGUUCAAGUGGAUCUUCAAGAAGGUGACCCGCGAGCAGGACAUUGUCAUUACACCAUUCAACAAGGAUUUCUUUGGUGCUUUCAUUGACGACUUGACUGAUGAGGAGCUUGGUCCUGGCGAGUAUGUGAUUCCAUUCGGAUCCCAUAGAUAUAAGCAGGUGCUCAUUUCUAUGUUCAACUACUCCGACUCAUUUAUGGAUGUGAUUCAGUCGCAUGUCGAUUCUCUCAAUGGCCAGAUGCUGGAGCAGUUUAACAAGUACCAUGGGUACAUGCAAGGAGCCGACAAUUUGACGUGGUCCUACUCUUCGUUCUACAAUUGUGUUAGAUGGAGAUUCAAGGCUUCGUUCCUGAUCGACUCUAUGAGGUUGCUUGCCAAGUUGUAG